AUGCAAUUCCUCAACUUUAUCAUCAUAUCAAUCUACCUCUUUUGGACGCUGGGUCUAGCUCUACCAGCGCACGAGUCAAAGGUUGUAGAGAGAAAUUUUGGACCGGAUCACAAAGGCUAUCAGUGCGGCACGAAGAAGUACAUAAUGUUUGACAUUGAUGUCGCCGUAAAGAAUGCCUGUCGAGCGUACUCCUAUCAGAGAAAGCCAAAGACAUUUUGGAGCAUUUUUAGAGAUGAUUCGUAUCCUCGGCUAUUUCCAGAAGCAAAGAGCUUGAAGAUUCCGAGCAAAGCGCAGAUGUGGCCACUUCCACCGACAGGCCUGAAUGUUGUUAGCUACAAUUAUGUGAUUUUCACGCCUGCAGACUGCAAAUUUGUUAAGGUUGUGCACAAAAGUCAUAAAAAAAAGCAUGAAAAGCAUGAAAAAUAUGAAAUCUGCAAAUAUGUUGUUUGGCCGAGUAGCUGGACUGAUAUAUUUAAACCGUCGAAGAGAUAG